UUUUUUAAUUUUUGAAUAUUCCGGUUGUGUGUGCCACUUGCAGUUCAGCCUAUCGAAACUCAUUUUUGUUGUGUUUUCGUGUGUUGACGGACGUGGAUACUGUGACUGUUGUGGUAACAAUUUUCGGAUUAAUUAAACAUUAGAAAUCAUAACAACAUGGUGGCGUCAAUAGAAGAAGAGUAUACGAAGACGGGUAUCAAACCCUCUGACGUCACCGCACUACGAGAGUGGCUCAAGACUCAGCCUCAUCUCCCAGAAAAGUAUAUCACGGACUUAGAUUUGCUGCUAGCCUAUCACUGUUGCUACAAAAGCUCAGCAGUCACAAAACAGGUGUUAGAUUUGAAUUUCACCCUUCGCACGCUGUUCGCCAAUUUGUUUCACAACCGAGUGGUUGACGACUCUAUACUCAAGUCUUUGGAUGUUGUAUGUGCAUUGCCGUUGGAAACGCUAUCGGUUGGAAAGAAUUAUAAAGUUAUUUAUCACGCGCUGGUUGACAACGACCUUAAAAAUUUCAUUUUCACCGACAUUAUCCGCACCGUGCUUAUGCUGGUAGACGUUGCACAGUACGUAGAAGGGACGGCGCCGGGGUAUAUCAUAUUUGUUGACUUGAACCGCGUCACCCUGGGACACAUCACUAAGUUGGAUUUGCAGACAGUACAACAGAUAUUAUACUUCUUGCAGGAAGCUAUACUAAUAAGAUUAAAAGGUGUGCAUUUUUUGAACGCACCGUCAUUCGUUGAUCGGCUGAUGAUGAUCAUACGGCCCUUCAUAAAGAAGGAGUUGAUGAACAUGGUUUGCAUUCACAGCGCCGGGUCUAACACCAUAGAAAAAAUUAUCCCCAUCGAAGCAUUACCCAAAGAGUGUGGGGGAAAGUAUAAGUCCUAUGAAACAGCCAAAAAAGAGGCGAUUGAAUUGCUACUAGCAAAUAAGGAGUACUUCGAAAACGAAAACAAGAAACGUGUAGUGGAGUCAUUGAGGCCUGGAAAACCAAAAACUAUAACGGACAUCUUCGGAGGCAUAGAAGGGUCUUUCAAAAAAUUGGAUAUAGAUUAACAAUUUAAAUAGUUUUUUAUUUCAUCGAUCAUAGAUCGUUAGAUGGGUCUCAAAGCGUCGUGGAAUAGAGAUGAUGACAGUUUUUAAAUUGUAUAUAAUUUUGUAAAAGGAACAGGGUAUCUGCGAUCAUUACUUUGGGAGCUACAGGGAUUUAGAGAGUCAGAUUUACGGCGCUGCCGCGGAUCCCUGAAAAACGCCCCAUACAAAAUGGCACGAACUAAUGACGUCGUAGACAAUGUAACGAUCGUUAGAUUUGUAUGUGCGUUCAAACAAAAUUUCUAAUAUCUUUGUUAUUUGUACGUUUAUGUUUAUAGUUCACAUAUUACAAAAUGUCACAUUUAAUGUAAGGAAGCUAAAUCUUUAUGAAUUUUCGCCUAAUUACGAUAAAAUAUUUUUAAUAGAUUUUGAAAUUUUAUAAUCUCAUUUAUUUUGCAAAUAUCCAGACAAUCUUUGCUUUUUAUGUAUAAAUUAGUUAACCCGAAUGUAUCAUAAAAAUCAAUAUAUUCAAACCUAGUCAUCAUCUCCAUUGUCAUUAUUUUCGCACAUUGAGUACGUCAUCACUCGUAACACAUUUUUAUUUAUUCAUGUUGUGGCUUGUGUAUUUACACUUCCAAAAUGAACACGAAGGAUAUGGGAUUAAAAUAAAAAAAAAAAUCAGUAAAUAUUUUUUAAGUCCAUGUCCACUCACAGCAUGCGUUUGUUACGUACUAAGAUAAGAUGUGCGUGCACGUCUUUGGGUAAUGACAUAAAAUUGUGAGUUCUUUAGUAUGGAGGGGCCCAUCUAACUAUUUAAUAUGAAUAUUUCUUUAAAAUAUUAAAUUUUGUUAAAAAUAUUUAUGGUAUUAAGUUGAGGUACAGAUAAUCCUUAUGUGUCAUCCUAAAAAUUAGCAUACAAUGCCAAAAUAAGUAUUAAGUUCAAUGACUGUUAAAAUAUGAUAAUAUGUUAAAUGGAUAUUAAAUUAUCUUAAUUUA